CUUGCUGAACUGAAGGGAGAAGUGACGAUGAUGUUUAAUAAAGUGUUGGAGCCUCCAAAGCAACUUGAUCUUGUUGAUAUCUUGCAAAGACUGGGAGUGUCUUACCACUUUCAGGACAUAAGGAGGAUAUUGAAGAAAAUAGGCAAUACUAGUACUCACGAUGGUGAUGUGUGUAAGAAGGAGAGUUUAUAUACCACAUCUCUUGAAUUUAGACUGCUAAGGCAAAACGGAUAUAAUGUUCCUCAAGAGAUUUUUAGUAAUUUAAAGAAUGGAAAGGGAAAUUUCAAGGUAUGUCUUUGUGAUGAUAUUGAGGGAAUAUUGGCUUUGUAUGAAGCCUCAUUGCUUUUGAUAGAAGGUGAAAGCAUCAUGGAGGAAGCAAGAAAUUUUGCAACCAAACAUCUCAAAGAAUACGUGAACCAAAGCAAUGAUCAAAAUCUUUGUGCAAGGGUGAACCAUGCCUUGGAGCUUCCAUUGCAUUGGAGGAUGCCAAGGUUAGAAGCAAGGUGGUUCAUUGAUGUAUAUAGGAGCGGGAAGAUGAACUCUAUCUUGCUUGAGCUUGCAGAAUUGGAUUCCAACAUGGUACAAACAGUCCAUCAAGAUAUCCUAAAAGAAGGGUCAAGGUGGUGGAGACACACUGGUCUUGGAGACUUGAGCUUUGCAAGGGAUAGAUUGAUGGAGAAUUUCCUAUGGACAGUGGGAGUAUCAUUUCAACCUGGGCUUGGAUAUAAUAGGAGAGUGUUAACAAAAGUCAAUGCACUAAUAACAACAAUAGAUGAUCAUGUGUAUGAUGUAUAUGGCACGUUGGAUGAACUUGAGAUUUUCACUGAUGCUGUUGAGAGAUGGGAUGUCAAUGCAACGGAAAAACUUCCUUAUUAUAUGCAAACAUGUUUCCUUUCUCUUCAUAAUACCAUUAAUGAAAUGGCUUUUGAAACUCUCAAGGAGAAAUUAAAGGAUUCAACAACAUUCGAUACCUUAAAAAAAGCGCUAAGACCUUGA